AUGACAUCAGAUCCAUUGAUCAACCCAAAUCCAUAUUAUCGAGCUAAUAAAUGGUCACAAUUUUUUCAUAGUUGGAUAUUAAUAUUACUUAAAAAAAGUCAUAAACAAGGCACACUGCAUUUAACUGAUCUCUAUGAUCUUUUUCCUCAACUUGAAGCAACGAAAUUAACCGAUGAUCUUGAAAAAAAUUGGUUCGAUGAAAUGAAACAAACACAACGUGAACCAAGUAUUAUUCGUGCAACAUUAAAAACCAUGGGAUGGGGACCGCUGAUUGCCGGUUUAUUACUUAUUCCAACGGAAUUAGCUAAAUUUGCUCAACCAAUAUUAUUAACAUUUCUUAUGGGAUUUUUCGAUAUAUGUCCCACAAUAUCUACAUCGUAUGCUUGGCUUCUAGUUGCUGCAAGUAGUCUUGCUGCUUUAACAUGUAGUGCUAUGUAUCAUCAAGUAAUACUAGUUUUCUUUAAUAUUAAACGUUUUCAUUUAAAUACCAAGUAUUUUCUUUUGUAUUAA